AAAAAAUUUUUAAACAAUGAAAAUAAUAAAAUACAUAAAAAAUUUUAAAUAAAUCCUUCAAAUAGAAAAAAAAAAAAAUUUCAAAUUAUUAAAUACUUCUUAUUUUCAAUUGUAUAAAAACAAAAUGAUGAAUUUAGCAUUACCAAUGGAUCUAUUAACAGCUGCUAAUGGACAUCAUCCACAUUUAACACAUCAUUCAUUAACAUCUAAUGGUUCAAAUAAUUCAAAUAAUAAUAACAAUAAUAAUAAUAAUAAUAAUAGUAUUGGACAUCAUCAACAAUUACCACCAUCAUCAUCAUCAGUAGCAUCAUCAUCAUCAUCAACAUCACCAUCAGUAAUAUCAUUAGCAAAUAGUAUACAUCAUCAUCAACAACAACAACAACAAUCACAUCAUUCUCAUAAUCAUCAUCAUCCAAAUCAUCAUUCAUCACAUCAUAAUCAUCAUCCACAUCAUCAUCAUCAUCAUCAUCCACAUUCUCAUCAUCAUAUACCAACAAGAUUAUAUAAUAGUCCACCACCAAUAUCAAGUUCUGAUCCAACUGUUAAUGAUUGUAAAUUAAUUGAAUAUCGUGGUAAACAAUUAGUUAGUUUUACUGUUGGUGGUGAAAAAAUGUUAUGUUUACCACAAGCAGUUGAUAUGUUUUUAAAAAAUUAUGUUGGUGGACCACAUACAGUAUAUUGUAAAUUAAAACGUUUAGAUAUUGUACCAUUAGUAUGUAAUACAGAACAAAUAAGAAUAUUAAGAGGAUUAGGUGUAUUACAGCCAGGUGUUAAUCGUUGUAAAUUAUUAUCAGUUAAAGAUUUUGAUACAUUAUUAGAUGAUUGCGAGAAUGCAAGUUCUAGACCUGGAAGACCACCAAAACGUGGUUCAAUUGGUAUGCCAUUACCACCAUCAGCGGCAGCAUAUUUAGCAUCAGCAACAUCAGCAUCAUCAUCAUCAUCAUCAUCUGCUGUUAUGAUGCCAGGGGCAACAGGAUCAGAACAUCCACAAAUAAAAAAACUUCGUCAUGAAAAUUCUGAUGAAAAUUUAUAUGAAGAUCGAAAUCAUUUAACAGGUCAUCAUCAUUUAUUAGAUGGCUCAAAUAAAUCAUCACCAUCAUCUUCUGCAGCAUCUUCAACACAAUUACUAGCUGAAACAGCAAAUCAAAUCAAUCAUAUGGCAUUUAUGCAAAUGAAUAGUUUUCCAAGUUUAAUGGCAAAUCGAAUGACAACAGCAGCUGCUGCAGCUGCAGCAGCAGCAGCAGGAAUAUUUCCAUCAUCACUAUCAUCUGAACAAGAUCAAUUAUUGAGAAGAACAACAUCUUCAUCAUCAUCAUCAGCAUCAACAAAUACUAAUCAUCCUGCACAUCAUCUUAAUCAUCAUCAUUCUUUGGGACAAAAUGAAUCAAUAUUAAAGGAUCAAAUAAUUAAUCGUGAAAUUGAUAUGGAAACAUUCUUUAGAUCUGGUUUGUGGGCUAAAAAUAUUACGAAUAGUAAUAAUUAUCAGAGUCAAUAUGAAGAUAUGGUAAAACAUUUAGAGAGGUUAAAAGAAGAUAAUGAAACAAAUCGCAGAAAUUCUUUGGAUCAUAAAUAUAAAGAUAGUAAUAAUCCAAGAGAUUCAACAUCAAGUCCAGUUUUAAAUCUUUCAAAAUCUGAUAAUACAGAAAUAAGUCGUGGUGGCGGUGAUGAUUCAUGGAGUCAUAAAAGUCGUUCAAUAACUCCAGAUAAUCCUGAAAAACUAGAAAAAGAAAAUAUUGAAAAUCAUGAUGAAGUUGCUGUUGAUGAUAAUGAUAAUGAAAAUGGUCUAAUUAAACCAAAAAUUGAAAAUGAUAAUUUAUUACAUGAUAAUUCAAGGCCACCAUCAACAAUUAUUUCAAGGACACCAAGCCGUAAUAUAUCACCAUUAAUUGAAGAACCAACAUUUUCAAUGGAAAUUUUACUUCGAAAUAUUCAAGCUUUAUUAAAAAUUGCCGCCGAUAAUGCUCUACAAUAUGAAAAACAGAAUUUAUACGAAAGAGCUGAACUGAAAAUGGAUGUGAUGAGAGAAAAAGAAAUCAAGGAUUCUAUAGAAAAACAAUUGAAUGAAGAACGGAAAUUACGAGUUCUGUACCAGAAACGUUAUCGCAAGGAGAAGCGAUUGCGUGCCAGGCUUGGUUAGCAAUUAAAGUAAAAAAUUAUUAAAGAAAUUUAAAAAAAAAAAUUAAUGUAUUUGAUCCCCAAACAAGUAUGUCCUCCAUUAGAGUAUAAUCAUUACCAUUAUAGUAUUUAACAAAUAAAAAGUAAAUUAAAAAUAUUUAAAAAAUCUAAAAUCAUAAAAACAAUGAUGAAAAUUCAUAUUGUAAUAAAAUUGUAGGCAACCUGUAGACACAAACAUAUUAAUAUUAAUUAUGCCAAAAUUUAUAUAAAAUUAAAUUUUAUAAAAAUUUAACAUAGAACUAUUCGGAAUCCAAUUAUUUAUAAGUAUAUAUGUAUGUGUAUAUUUAUUAAAUUUUUUAAGAAAAAUUAUUAUUAAAAAUAUAUUUCUGUGGUAGCAAGAAAAAUCUAUCUAAGUUUAACAAUUCUUAAUUUUGUGUUUUAAAAUCAAAAUUUUUAUUUAAUUAAAUUCAAGACUUACCUCUCUUUUUUGUAUUCAUCGGAUAGAAAGAAACCAAAAUAUAAAUUUGUAUUAUGUGGUUUUAAAGUCAAAAUACUAUAUUUGUAGUAUGCGUUUGAUUUUCUAAUAAAAUUGUUAUAGAUACACAAUAAUGACACUAUCUAAAUCUAUUAAAUUUCAUAACUAUCUGGAUCUGUUAAUUAUUGCAAAAAUUUUUACGCUUACAA